AUGAUAACUUUUCUACCCAUCAUUUUUUCCAGUCUGGUAGUGGUUACAUUUGUUAUUGGAAAUUUUGCUAAUGGCUUCAUAGCAUUGGUAAAUUCCAUUGAGUGGUUCAAGAGACAAAAGAUCUCCUUUGCUGACCAAAUUCUCACUGCUCUGGCGGUCUCCAGAGUUGGUUUGCUCUGGGUAUUAUUAUUAAACUGGUAUUCAACUGUGUUGAAUCCAGCUUUUAAUAGUGUAGAAGUAAGAACUACUGCUUAUAAUAUCUGGGCAGUAAUCAACCAUUUCAGCAACUGGCUUGCUACUAGCCUCAGCAUAUUUUAUUUGCUCAAGAUUGCCAAUUUCUCCAACUUUAUUUUUCUUCACUUAAAGAGGAGAGUUAAGAGUGUCAUUCUGGUGAUGUUGUUGGGGCCUUUGCUAUUUUUGGCUUGUCAUCUUUUUGUGAUAAACAUGAAUGAGAUUGUGCGGACAAAAGAAUUUGAAGGAAACAUGACUUGGAAGAUCAAAUUGAAGAGUGCAAUGUACUUUUCAAAUAUGACUGUAACCAUGGUAGCAAACUUAGUACCCUUCACUCUGACCCUACUAUCUUUUUUGCUGUUAAUCUGUUCUUUGUGUAAACAUCUCAAGAAGAUGCAGCUCCAUGGUAAAGGAUCUCCAGAUCCCAGCACGAAGGUCCACAUAAAAGCUUUGCAAACUGUGAUCUCCUUCCUCUUGUUAUGUGCCAUUUACUUUCUGUCCAUAAUGAUAUCAGUUUGGAGUUUUGGAAGUCUGGAAAACAAACCUGUCUUCAUGUUCUGCAAAGCUAUUAGAUUCAGCUAUCCUUCAAUCCACCCAUUCAUCCUGAUUUGGGGAAACAAGAAGCUAAAGCAGACUUUUCUUUCAGUUUUUUGGCAAAUGAGGUACUGGGUGAAAGGAGAGAAGACUUCAUCUCCAUAGAUUCACGGGAGGGGCAUUGUGUGUCUUCUAGCAGGAAACAAACUGGUGGUGUAUGAAACAUUUUAUAUUUCUUACUGGUUUUUCUAUACUUUAUGUGUAUGAAUAAUUUCCAAACGUAUACCUAGAAAAGUCUUUGACCUAAUGGCAGUCUAGAAAAAAUAUAUAUAUGUGUGUGUGUGUGUGUGUGUGCGUGUGUGUGUAUUUGUGUAUGAAAACUUAACAUUGACAAUAACACGCUCUUUUCUGUUUUUCCAUACAAACUGCCAAAUUAUACAAAAUAUGACAAAAAUUUCUUAGAAUUUUGAAGCCAUGUAUAUUUUAUUCAUGUAUUUUUUAUUUCAUUUGUAGAAUUUGCAAUGUCUAUUUAUAAUUAUUAAGAAAUAAGAGCUUAUCCCCGGAAAAAUAUUGCUCUUUUCUAUUGUUAUUUGAACCACAGGAAUACACCACAUUGUGCUUAGAAUUCAUUGCUUGAACCUCGAAUUUAUUGGAUGGUACAGUCAUUCAAUUCUAAAUCAAUAAUGAGGAUGUAUCCUCGGUGUUUUAUUCCAUUAUGAAUUUCUAUUUUAUGUUUAGUAAAAAGCAAUGAGAAUUAUUGUUAGAAAACAAUGCACACAAUAGAAUUUGAGUGAGAAGCAUAUGCAGAGUAAAUUUAAUGUAUGUCUACCAUAAGCGGUACUCAGGAAUAUUAGAUUUCAUAUGUGAAUAGCUUAGGAAAAAAUCCCUUCUCUAAUAAAGGGAUGAAAUAUCAUGAUCAAGAUCUGGAUUGGUAUCAUCAGUUAUGCAUAUGCAGUUAGAAACGUCAUUUCUUCCGCUUUUGAAUUAAAGAAAAGCUGUUUUUGAAGUUGAGAUCUCAUGUAAAUUAUUUUAGUAUUCUUUCUAAAGCACUUUUAAGCCCCUGAUUUGCUAAUUAUAUCCUUACCUUCCGUUUGUAAAAUUCCUUCUAAACUUCAGAUAAGAGAACUCAAAUCCUCUCUUUUUGAAAAAUAAAAUCAAUGUAAAUAUAGUAUAGAAAUUGUGGAAAAUAUUUCAGUCAAACAUUUUGUAAAUGUUAAAAUAGUAUCUGUGAACCCUAUGUAUUAAGCAUGGGAUGAGCCGUAACUUUGUAAUUUUGUCAUCAAUGAUGAAAUGAAAGGGUGUUGACAUAUUCUUUAAUAGGAAGUUCUAUUAUAAGAAAGAAAUGUACAGUCCUGUUCACAGCUAAAUUCUAUUACGUUCAUUAAUACUUUAAUGAACAAAUAAAUGGGUGGCUAAAAUGGGUAAGCUGAUGUGGUAAACCAAUGAAAAGGAAACUCAUCACAAAAUCUGCAGUUGCAUGAAUUCCCCUGUUCCGGUCUCAGGUUAAGAUUACAGGCUUAUCCAAGCAGAAUCCUUCCUCUAAGGAAAAGUUUGGCUAUUCCACAAUUUUAGGGGAAAUAUCACAAUAAUAUAGUCUUGAUGCAGCUGUAUCAGGUGUCUGAGUUGGAGACAAGGUAGAACAUCAAAAUUAGAUGGCACCUAUUACAAUAGUUUGAAAAAUCAUAUAAACAACUUUGGUCUAUUUGAAUUUUUUUUUCUAUUGUCAAUUAUAUAUUUGUAUUAUGAUAUUUUCUAGUUGACUAUUUAAAUAAAAUGGCAUUUCAUUUCAAAAACUUGAGUUAGUAACCAGCUACUUUACCAAAAUGUUUUUAAUGUAAUACCUGUUAUUACAGUGCUAACAUUUAUUUAGAAGUCAAAUUCAAGACAAAAAUGGCAAGGACGUGUGGAAAUUGAGACAGGAAGAAAUGUGAAACAAUGUGUGGUGAUGUCUGGUAUGACUCUGCUGGCAGCCACUUCAUAGUGAGGUGAGAGAGACAGCAUGACGGUCAUCAGAUGCGUGUACUUGGCUUCCAGCACUUUUUCCAGAAGGGCUACAGGGGGAAACCACAGCUGGCAUUAGUCCGUGGAAGUGAGAGAGGAGGGAGAAUGUAUCUGCUCAGCUGUCAUUAGUCUUCUAUUUCUUAUUGGUCAGGGUUUCCUUGAGGCAGAACUAUCAUCUCUGUUGUUCUGUCUUCCAUCAUCCAGUCCCUUGGUGGUGGUCAUGAAAGUCAGACCUUAUGCCCACAGUGUGGUGAUGCAUUCAAGUCCCAAAUGGAAUGAUGACCUGGAUCGGGCAAGGUACUAGCCAGGGGAAUAGGACAUAGUGAAGGGAAUCUAAGAAAGCACAUGUUUGUGUCCAAUACCAUCACUCCUUGUGCCACCGAGGCGUGCUCAUACCCUCCAGUCAUGGCUGGCUUUAUGAGCAUAUGACGUCCACAGUUGCGUAGGGUUUUGUGCUUAUAGGGACUUGUGUUUAGAGGGACUCUAUGCUUGGAUUAAUGUUCUCCACUUGCUGUUUUGUUUUUCACACAGAGGAUACUCCUCUGCUGAAGAGGGAAUGUUCUUGCACUAAUUCCAUAGGGAUUUGCUCUCCUGUCUCCUACAGGCUUGUCAGAGACAUGCACAGAGUCCUAUAAUGACCACUAUGUAUGUUUCUAGCAUCUUUGAAUCCUGCUGGAUCAUCUGGCACAGUGGCCAGAGCAGCUUGGAGCAGAGUCUAUAUCUUCUGUAGAGCCCUCUUUUGUUCUGGAUUCCGCUUGAGACCAGUAGCCUGGGAAACUUCAUUAAUGAGUCAGAGCUAUAUUCUCAAAUGUGGAAUAUGUUGUCUCCAAAAUCCCAAUAGGCCCCCAAAAUAUUGUGUCUCUUUUGUAGUGAUAGGAAAUUUAUAGAGAGAGCAACAUGCCAUAUACUGUAAAAAAGAUUGUUUCAACAUGUGUUCUAGGGACACUGAAUGCUUUAAAACAUCACCUAUGCUGUAGGUCCCUGAAUGUUCUCAGGUUGAUUUCUUUUCUUCUGGUAUUUUACUUCCAUUCAUCGUUAGAGUAUUUUACUAUAGUUAAGAAACUUGCCACUUCCUGAUUAUUGUACCAAGUAAUAUAUUAUUAUUAUUAUUGCUAUUAUUUUGAGACAGGGUCUCAUUCUGUCCCUGAGGCUGGAGUUCAGUGGCAGGAUCACAGCUCAUUACAGCCUCAACCUUCUGGGCUCAAGUGAUUCUCCCACCUCCGCAUUGCUAGCAGCUGGGACUGCAGGGGCACAACAUCACGCCUGGCUAAUUUUUGUAUUUUCUGUAGGGCUAGGAUUUCACAGUGUUACCCAGGCUGGUCUCAAACUCCUGGGCUCAAAUGAUCUUCCCGUGUCGGCCUCCUAAAAUGAUGGGAUUACAGUCAUGUGCCACAGGGCCUGGUCUGUAAUAUUAUUAAUAUAUUAAAUAAUCACGAUGUUUUAAAAAA